AUGCUUGAAUGCAGGGCGAGAGAAGAAACAUUCGAGCCACGUGAUCAUACACAAAUUGUAGGCAAUUUGCCUGUCGUCACCGCCAGCCUCCCGCCUCUUCCUCUGCCCAUCUCCAAAAGAAAGACGGGCACAGAAGCACAGUCAAUCAUACACCACCUGCGAGCUGAAGGUGAAGGAGACAAGAAAAGGGUAUCACAGCAGGACCCUGCCAUUGAUGGCAAUAAUAUCAUUGCACAACAAAGUAUCCACAAGAAGCACGACAAUUUUGAUGCUUACAAAUCAAUUACUGGAAGUCGAUGGCAUCACGGGCUUUCCCUGGUCCACACGAGCCCAAUGCAUGUGCACACCAAAAAAUGCAGAGAUAGCUGGCACAGCGCUUCACAGGCAACUUUGAAAUUGCAAUUGUACACCUGCAGAUGCUUCAUCGACAACGGUGGAAUCACUCAAGCAGACGCUGUUGUCGGGUUGUUUUGGCCAGUAAGACGCAUUCUGCAGACUCAUGCGAUGAUCUCAACGAACAGCAAUGAACAAAACAUGGCGAAAUUCGGCGUCAUUCAAUGGGAUAUGAACGGACCUGCAGGUUGUGAAAGGGGCCUCCUGCCAUGCCAUGCGUGCAACUUGGCUGGAGGGGCUCACUCCCUCCAGCGGUAG